AUGACAUCACCCACCUGGGAGGCGUGGUCAGCGCCAAGCCACGCCCCCAGAGGCGGAGAUUGGGGCACACGGCUUUCGGACCUCUUGCGGGGGUGGGGGGGGAGUGACCCUUUUUUGGGGAGGGGGACACCCCCGGGCCCCUUUCCUCGGGGGGAUCCGUUUUUGGGGAGGGGUCUCACGCCCCCCCCAGGCGCGGGGGCUCUGACGCUGCUGCUGCCGCUGGGGCUGGUGGGGGUGGUCAGCGCCUGCGUGGGGGAGGGGCAGGGCUGGGGGACCCCCACCCUGGCCCUGCCCACCCCCCCCGCCCUGGCGCUCGUCCUCGCCUGGGUGGGCGCCCACGGGCUGGGGAGCUGCUGCGGACCCCCGAGGAGCCCCGGUGACACCCCUGGAGCCCUGCGGGACCUCGGCUGGCUCCUGGCGCUGGGGGGGGCGCUGGGGGGGGCUCUGGCCCUGGGGGUCCCCCUGCCCCCCCUCUGCCCCCUCCUCCCCCCGCUGGCGGCGGCCGCGUCCAGCGUGGCCUUCGGCCUCGGGCUCCUCAUCCUCGCACGGCGGCGGCUGCGGGGGGGGGGCACCGGACCCCUCGUGUACGAAUUCUUCGUGGGGGGAGAACCGGGGUCCCCCCUGGAGCCCCCCGAGAGUCUCCACUGGGAGCGGGUCGGGCUCUGCGCCUGGCUGCUGGUGCUGGCGGCAGCUCUGGGGGAGCAGCAGCGGCUUUGGGGGUCCCCGUCGCUGCCCCUCGCGCUGGUGGCGGCCGCUCAGAGUGUCCCGGUGCUGCGGCGCCUCAGGGAGCUGAGCAGGAACUGCCCCCCCAGUCCCGGGGGGUUCCUCGGAGUGUUCGGGGCUCUGGCCUGGGGCCCUUUUGGGGGUCCCCUCCCGGCUCUGCUGCUGCUGCAAAGACCCCAAAACAGGCUGGGGGGAGCCGGGGGGGCUGCCUGUGGGGGGCUCUACGCCCUGGGGCUGUGGAUCUUCCACGGUGCCACCACCCAGAGGAGCCUCUUCAGCCGCGACCCCCGAGACCCUCGAGUGGCCGGUCUCCCCACAGUCCCCACGGCCACGGGGCAGGUGCUGCUGGCGGGGGGCUGGUGGGGGCUGGUGCGACGCCCCGAUGACCUCGGGGAGCUGCUGAUGGCCUUGGGCUGGACCCUCCCCUGCGGGCUGUCCCCACCGCUGCUGCUGCUCCUGGCAGGGGCCGCGCUCCGCGAGCUCCGAGCGCUGGUGGGGGAGCGGCGGCAGCGGCGCCGCUUUGGGGGGGCCUGGGGGGGCCUGUGCCAGCGUGUCCCCCACCGGCUGCUGCCCCUCGUCUACUGAGACCCCCCUGCGACCCCCGAGAGACUCCUUGGGACCCUCCUGGGAUGCUCCACGUUGCCUGUGGAACGCCCAAGCCCACCCCCCCAUCUACCGCGGCGCCUUCGGGACCCCCCCAAACUCCCACCCCCAAAUUUACUGACACCCCCAAAUUUACUGACCUCUCAAAACAACUGAGGGACCCCCCUGGGACGCCCCCAGCUGCUGAGGGCCCCCCGGGUCACAGGGGCUUUCACAGCCCCAUUACUGUGGAUAAAGGAAAAAUAAAUCUUGUAAUAGUC